AUGCUGCUGUUCAAGUUGACAAGGACUGGGCUGCUAGUAGCCACGAGAAAGUGCCUGAGAACCAAGAAAUUGUCGUUCGUAAAAAGGAAGUCCAAAGACCUGAUCUUGAAUUCUAACCGUGUGAAGCUCUAUUCGAUGGCUAAAGAUCAGUCAUGGAAGGAGCGCGGAACAGGCUCACUAAAACUGAACUACCAGGAGAGCAGUGAAGCUGCCCGACUAGGUGCGCUGUCAUGUACUGACAUCUUAGUCAUGCGCUCCGAAGGCGUUCUCAAAUUGAUUCUCAACGUGAAGCUAUUUGCGGGAAUGCAGUGUGAUUUGGAACAAGAACGAUUUUUGCGCCUCGUUGCAAUGGAAUCUGAGGGUCUUACACACUUUGCUAUCAAAUUCGCAAAUGCCACAGAAGCUAGCACAUUUUUGAAGCAGUUGCGGAUGCAUAUUCCUCGUGAAGCUCAUUCUCGUCGUGACGAAUAG